AUGCCCACGCUGCGCCUCGCUACAUUCAGGCAGUGCAUUUUCCCCCGGAUUAAUGCCUCACGCGCUCUUCAUCUCCCUAAACUUAAGCACCUCGAGCUUAUUGUCGUCUGCAUCUCAAAGGAGGAUUUGGAGUGCCUGCUCGUCGGCUGUACAGUGCUCAAGUACCUUCGUCUUCAUGUGAUGGAUGGGUUCAGUAGCCUCCACAUCACCUCGACGAAUGUCCAUGCGAUUUAUGUGCAUUGCUGGAGCCGCCCAAAGCUGUCAGUUGAGAUGUGUCACGAUAUGGUCAUUGAGAAUGCGCCUUUCCUUGAGAGAUUGUAUGUACUUGAUAAAUUAGGUCCAACAAGAAUCAGGGUCAUUCACGCACCGAAAUUGACAGUGUUGGGCUAUUUGUGUGUUCAAUUCAAUGAACUUGUUACUGGAUCAUUAUUUGUUCAGGAGCCGACGCAAUGCUUCCGAACCGGCACAACGGAGAAUAAAAACGCCGCCGCACCUCAUCCCAAACUUUCCCGAUCCCACCGCUGGUCGGCCCUGCCUAGCGCACCGCCCCGCCCUGCCCAGCGCGCCGCCCGCCCGCCUGCCCCGACAAGCCGCCGCCCGUGCACCUUCCCCAGCGCGCCGCCGCCCCGCCUUCCCCAGCGCGCUGCCGCCCCGCCUUCCACAAGUGCCGUUGACCUACCUUCCUCAGCCUGCUUCCUCCCGGCCUUGCCCGGCUCCCGGCGAUGCGCCCAACGCUUCCUCCCAGCUCCGCCCUGCAUCGGCGAGGUGCGCCGCCGUGUACGCAUCCUCCAGCUCCACCCCAUCGCCGCAGUCCAACGUCUUCAGUUGCUGUCGUUGGCCAGCGCCGCGCGAUGUAAGGUGGAUCCCAACCUGUUGCAGAUGCCCGUCGCAGCCAUGUCCUAUGACGCUGCCGACGGCCACCUCCCGCGACGAGCUGGCUCCGAUCCCACGGCUAUGGCGGCCUCCUCUGCAGACGAGUUGACUCCGGUCGUGCUCGAGGCCGUCGUCUCUUAUGGCUGGGGAAGCAAACAGAGGCUUGAACGCAGUCGCGUCUACCUCCCAGGUUGCCUGCUCCGCAAGCGUCUCGAACUGCAUGAGUUCGCCAUAUUCUGCUCCCUCGGCGUAUUGCUGCUGGAGCUGGUGUCCGUGCAACAGCCUGCGUAAGGGACUCCUUCCUCGUUGACACGGGCGAAGGCGCUGCAGUGCAUGACCAAGGACCGCGCGGCGCGGCCUAACAUGUCCUCGGUCGCCGUCAAGGUCUAAAAGCUCUUCCUGGAGGUGCAGGACUGUGCCAACAAAGUUCCACAUCCCCGCUGACAUGUCCAUCUCCAUGGCACAGAUGAAUUCAAUUUAAUUGCUUGCUGGAGAAUGUGUCGUUGCUCGUCGUAGGAUUCGAAAGUGAAAUGGAAUUGUUGGUAGAUAAGUUGAUUACCUCUGCCUUGGCCAUCACAUGUUUGUGAUGCUAAACAACAGGUGAGUGCUGCUCAACACAUGUAGGAUGUAACGCCUACCACUACCAGGAAGCUUCGGCGCCCUGCUGCUAGCACAUGAGGCGCUCGUGAGCAAAUCCUGGUGCUCUGACUACAAAAUUGAUUGUUUUUGUCUGAGAGGUUGCUCUAGAACUGGAGUAGUAUACUUUAAAAUUCAUACAACUGAAUGCUACUUCAAAUUUCAGCUAACUGAAAGCUCGGGGGGACUGGAAGCUGAAGGCUAGAAGUUCGAAGAAGACUUUCAUAAAAGUUCAAAAUCAAGAAAGAGCAUUACAAAAGUAAUUAUUAAAUAAAAAUUAGUGUGUUGGCGCGUGCGUGCUGGGUUUGGUGUCUCUCUCUCUCUCUCUCGUGUGUGUGUGUCCACGCGCGUGUGUGUGAGACAAAAAAAUA